AUGUCAAAAGCAGCAAAAAAGAAGUCAAGUAAGAAAAAGUCUGGCUCGGAAGCAGCUCAGUUUGAUCAAAAGACAAUCCAGGAAUUUAAAGAAGCAUUCGGUAUUAUGGACCAAAAUAAGGAUGGAAUAAUUGACAAACAAGAUCUAAAGGAUCUCUAUGCAAUGAUGGGACAAAUUGCAUCAGAUGCUCAAAUUGAUGCAAUGAUCAAGGAAGCUCCUGGACCCAUUAAUUUCACUGUUUUUUUAACAUUAUUUGGAGAAAAAUUAACAGGGACGGAUCCAGAAGCAACGAUAAUUGGUGCAUUCCAGAUGUUUGAUAAGAGAGACUGCGGCAAAAUAUCAGAAGACGAGCUAUUAAAAAUUUUGCAAAACAAAAGAGGGGAACCAUUUGACGAUGAUGAAAUCAAGGCUAUGUAUAAGGGCAAGCCGCCAGUUGAAAAUGGUCAAGUUGAUUACAAAGCAUUUGCUCAUUUGAUAACAACGGGCGCUGCUGAAGAACUUGCUAAAGCAUGA